UUUGAUGAUUUGAAUCAGUUGCCAUCAUGCCUGCAGGACGCCCACCCAGUCAAAUUGAUCAAUAUAAACAGGAGAUAUCUACUAGCUUUCAGAAUGGCCAGAGCAUAUCAAAUAUUACGAAGAUGCUAUCUGAUGAAUAUCAGAUCACUAUUCAUCCCGAGACAAUUCGACGGCGUCUUAAACAAUGGGGUGUUUCACGUACGAAUCCUGGCCCUAGAGAGUUAGAGGAUAAGAUCAAGGAACUGUAUUUCAAACAGGGUUUACGUGACAAGGAAAUCAUACGUGCGCUAGAAAGGGAUGGUAUAAAAAUAUCCCAAUCCACCCUUACAACAAUUCAGCUCUGGAUUGGGCUUCAGCGACGGGUUGUCAAGCCAGAAGAUAUUCAACAUACAGAUAAUAUUGUCAGGGAAGCAGUUCGGGAACAACUUAAUAGUGGGCAUAUUGAAGGCUAUGGGCGAGGCCAUCUCUACCGAUUCUUUCGAAUCCAGGGUUAUAAUAUAGCUCGGAACUCGAUCCAGAUGGGGUUCAGUGUCGGAAAAAUGAUUUCCACUGGCGACGAGAUGAAUAUGUAGUUCCUAGCCCAAAUUAUAUCUGGUCUAUGGACGGCCAUGAUAAGUUGGCCUUUUGGGGAAUUCAAAUUUAUGCUGCGAUCGAUGCUUUCUCUUGAUAUGUUACUUAGUGCUAUGUUGGGAUUAGCAACCGCACUCAAAUCAGUGUAUUGCGACAGUUUCUUGAAGUACUUCAAGAAACAAAUAUUUAGUCUCGCUAUAUACGCUCUGAUAAAGGGGGCGAAACAGUUCUAGUUACAGCUGCACAUU